AUGGCAACCAGCCCACAGCUCAGCUCUGGGGCUGGUACCCCCAAGCCAUUCUACCACAACGACAUUGGCUCAACAUGCUCAACGCACGUCUGCACUGAGAAGAACACGGAAGUUCCCAUGAGUGAAGAAGAUGAAUAUCAACACAAUGAAGAGGUCGUGCAACUGGCUCGAGAACUCACCAGGCGAUCCAGUGCUGCACCAGGAACUCUCUUCCCCCAAGCAAGCGGCCCAUUGAACCCCAGCAGUUCAAGCUUCAAUGCGAAAAAAUGGGCAAAGGCAUUCUAUGACCUACGGACUGAUACGUCUGAAGGAAACCCACCAAGAACAACUGGUGUGGCCUUUCGGAACUUGAACGUAUUUGGCUUUGGAUCAGAUACAGAUUUCCAGAAGAGUGUGGGCAACAUCUUCCUUGAGGCUGGUACCAUGGUCAAGAAACUUCUGCAUGAUAAGCAAAGAAGAGUCGAUAUUUUGCAAGAUUUGGAGGGCGUUGUGCAGAGCGGAGAGAUGCUGGCUGUACUUGGUCCGCCAGGUUCAGGCUGUUCGACAUUUCUCAAGACUAUCGCCGGCGACACACACGGAUUCCACAUUGACAAGACCUCUGAGAUCAACUACUCCGGCAUCAGACCCGAAGAAAUGCGCUCGGCGUUUCGCGGCGAGGCCAUUUACACAGCCGAAGUUGACCACCACUUUGCGCAUCUCACAGUAGGCGACACACUCUACUUCGCCGCGCGAGCUCGCUGCCCGAAGAAUAUCCCAGAAGGUAUUUCGCGACGAGAAUAUGCAGAGCACCUACGGGAUGUCACGAUGGCCAUGUUUGGUAUUUCUCAUACUAAAAAUACUCGCGUGGGAGACGACUUUGUGAGGGGUGUUAGUGGAGGCGAGAGGAAACGAGUGACGAUUGCAGAGGCAGCUUUGAGCUAUUCGCCGCUUCAAUGUUGGGAUAAUAGCACGAGAGGUCUUGAUAGUGCUAAUGCGCUUGAGUUUUGUCGGACGUUGAGAACGCAGGCUGAUGUUAUGGGGUGUACUUCUGCUGUGGCUAUUUACCAAGCGUCUCAGGAUGCCUACGAUGUAUUCGACAAAGUACUCGUGUUAUACCAAGGAAGACAGAUCUUCUUUGGAAAGACGAACGAAGCAAAGGCCUACUUCGAAGGUCUAGGCUUCGUUUGUCCUGAACAGCAAACUACAGCCGAUUUCUUGACCUCUAUGACUAGCCACCAGGAACGAAUCAUCCGCGAAGGAUACGAAGGCAAAGCACCCCGAUCACCAGAUGAGUUCGCACAAGCUUGGAAAGACAGCGCCCAUCGACAGCAUCUUCUCACUGAGAUGGACGAGUAUAUCGAGCGACAUCCCUUUGGAGGCGAACACUACGAGAAGUUCGUCGACUCCAGGAAGAGAGAUCAGUCAAAGUCUCAGCGCAUCAAAUCGCCGUUUACCUUAUCGUACAUGGAGCAGAUGAGACUUACACUGGGCCGAAGCUGGGUGAUGCUCAAAGCUGAUCCUAGCGUGACUGUAACGCUUUUACUCUGCAAUCUCGUCGAAUCUCUUGUCAUCGGAAGUAUCUUCUACAACUUACCCGAAGAUACCGGCGCAUUUCUAAAGCGUGGACUACUCAUCUUCUUCAUUCUUUUGAUGAACGCCUACAACAACAUCUUGGAGAUCAUGACCCUCUACGCCAAACGAAACAUCGUCGAGAAACACGCGCGCUAUGCUUUGUAUCAUCCAAGCGCCGAGGCCCUUUCAUCUAUGGUUGUGGAUCUACCGUACAAGAUCUUCAACACCAUCAUGAUGAAUACGACAAUGUACUGGAUGGGUAAUCUUCGCCAGGAUGCCGGGCACUUUUUCUUCUUCCUCUUGGUGUCCUUCGUGACGACGAUGAGUUUCUCAAUGCUCUUUCGUCUCAUUGCAUCUCUUACCAAGACCAUCGCUGCGGCUUUGGCUCGAGCUUCGAUUCUGUUACUCGUCAUUGCUCUCUAUACCGGCUAUGCAAUCCCACCUCAGUACAUGCCUGUUUGGCUCGGAUGGAUCCGCUGGAUCAACCCGACAUUCUACGGUCUUGAGAGUCUUUUCAUCAACGAGUUCGGCGGCAGAAACUAUCCUUGUUCCAACUUUGUACCUAGCGGGCCCGAGUAUAGCGACAUCUCACCAUUCUCGCAAGCUUGUUCGAUUCAAGGUUCUGUACCGGGAGAGAACUUUGUACGAGGAUCUGCAUACCUUGCUUCGGCUUACGGCUACGUUGACUCACACAAGUGGCGCGACUUCGCUGUUGUCAUCGCCUUCACGAUUUUGUUCAUGGGACUUCACUUGAUCGCUACAGAGACAAUUGCUUCUGAACGCUCCAAAGGCGAAGUUCUCGUGUUUACUCGCAAGGAGAUGAAGAAGCACGCCAACAAGGCCUUGGGUGAUGUGGAAUCGGGCAAAGCCGGCGGUACACAGCUCGGAAGUGGCAAUGGUAACGACGAGGUCACGGAUGUUGAGGAGCAGACCUCGGUGUUCCACUGGAGGAAUGUUUGUUAUGAUGUCAAGAUCAAAGGAGAAACACGACGAAUCCUAGAUCAUGUUGACGGUUGGGUGAAGCCGGGUACCCUGACUGCUCUGAUGGGUGCUUCCGGCGCUGGCAAGACCACGUUACUGGACGUCCUAGCAAGCCGAGUCACGAUGGGUGUCGUAACAGGCCAAAUGCUUGUCGACGGAAAACUACGAGACGAAUCCUUCCAACGCAAAACCGGCUACGUUCAGCAGCAAGACCUUCACGUCCACACCCAAACAGUUCGCGAGGCCCUCAACUUCAGCGCUCUUCUUCGUCAACCAGCCAGAUAUACACGACAAGAGAAGCUAGACUAUGUGGACACUGUGAUCAGCCUUCUUGAUAUGCAGGAAUAUUCCGAUGCUAUCAUCGGCGUGCCAGGCGAAGGACUCAACGUGGAGCAACGAAAACGAUUGACCAUUGGCGUCGAGUUAGCUGCUAGGCCUCAAUUAUUGUUGUUCUUGGACGAACCGACUUCUGGACUCGAUAGUCAAACGUCUUGGUCUAUCUGCAAUCUGAUGCAGAAGCUCACCAACAACGGCCAGGCUAUUCUUUGCACGAUCCAUCAACCUUCGGCUAUGUUGUUUCAGCGUUUUGACCGACUACUGUUGCUGUCUCGUGGUAAGACCAUUUACUUCGGUGACAUCGGUAGAAACUCUAAGGUUUUGGUUGACUACUUUGUUCGCAAUGGAGCGCCCGAGUGUCCAGUUGGCGUCAACCCCGCUGAGUACAUGCUUGAGGUCAUUGGAGCUGCGCCGGGAGCUCAUACGGAUAUCGACUGGCCUCAGGUUUGGAGUCAAUCGCGCGAGCAUGAGAACGUUCAACAAGAGCUUGGGCGGUUGGCAGCUGAAGGAGAUGCCCAAGCUGGGUCAGGAACCCAAGAUGGAACUGAGUACAACGAGUUUGCUGCUACACCAUACAUGCAGUACACACAGGUCACCAAGAGGCUGUUUCAGCAGUACUGGAGAAGCCCUGGAUACAUCUACUCCAAGGUCAUUCUAUCCGCAGGCGCAUCCCUAUUCAUCGGUCUGUCGUUCUUAAACGGUCAAAACACCGAACGCGGUCUCCAGAACCAAAUGUUCGGUGUUCUCAUUUUCCUCACGAUCUUCACCCAGGUUGUCCAGCAGAUGCUUCCCGACUACGUCGCCCAACGAACCAUGUACGAAGCGCGCGAACGGCCAUCCAAGACCUACUCUUGGAAGGCAUUCAUGGUUUCUACAAUUCUGGUAGAGGCAGCAUGGAACUCGCUCAUGGCUGCGCUCUCCUUCGUUUGCUGUAUCCUCGCAUCACCAGAGGAACUCCCCGGCUUCUGGAUCUUCAUGUACCGUGCCUCACCAUUCACAUACGUCGUGGAAGGUCUGAUGGGUACAUCAAUGGCCAACGCCGACGCAGGCUGCGAAAACAACGAACUGAUCACCUUCACUGCGCCCAACGGUACAACAUGCGGCGAAUACAUGAAGUCGUACCUGUCCAACGUCGGCGGCUACAUCGUCAACACUGCUGCGACAGAGUGUCAGUACUGCACCAUCUCAGACACCAACACGUUUUUGGAGAGUAAGAGCAUGAGCUAUGGUAAUCGAUGGAGGGAUUUCGGACUCCUUUGGGUCUAUUGUGUGUUUAACAUUGCGAUGGCGUUUGGGAUCUAUUGGGUUGUUCGUGUGCCCAAGAAUAAAAAGAUGAAGAAGGAUUAG